GCUGCUGAGUUCCGGACUGAAGACACGCACUGGGACGUUCGCUCUCAACAGCCCUCUGGACUCUAUGAAGUGGUGGUUGUUUACGCACCCACAGACAGGACUCUCUGCCCGCGUUACGCGCAGCACGCGGUGGAUGUUUCUAUUCACUCUUUGGUCACUUGUUUAAGAAAUAAAGAGGAAAAAGGGGGGGAAAAAAAUUGGAGUAAGAGUCUGUAAAGGUGGACAUGCACCGGGACUGAGAGGCUUCUCCGUCCUUCGGGACAUUUUUUGAGGACGUCCCCAGCUGUUGUUUGGUGGCUGCAUGGAUUAUUUUGGAACAAGUAACGCACUCCGCACCGACAGCGCAGCGCCCUCUCUCAAAUGAUAUAUCUGCCCUUGGGAUCAACUGCGGAUCGUGUCAGUAAGCGGAUCGUGCUCAGCGAGAACACACACUCUCCACACUCUCGCCCCGGUGUCCCGGUCUCUUUGUUGACCCCCCAGGACCCACUUCGCCAGGCUAAGCGGCUCCCAAUCCGAGUCCUCAAGAUGUUGACUGCGCACACUGGACACUUGCUGCACCCGGAAUAUUUACAGCCUCUGACGUCCUCACCAGUGAGCAUCGAGCUGGACGCCAAGAAGAGCCCUUUGGCCCUGCUGGCGCAGACCUGCUCUCAGAUUGGUAAACCAGACCCUCCAUCCUCCUCCAAGCUGAGUUCCUCCGGCAGCCAGGGAGACAAGGAGUCCAGCAGUCGCUCAGCCAUCUCCAUCCUGAAGCUCGGGGAGCGCCGUCCCUCACUGGACGACAAAUCCAGCUUCAAGCCCUACAAUAAAGGUAACGGGGACAGUCACAAAGACGGAGUGACCAGCAGUGGCGAUAAAGUCGGGUUCAGAGUGCCCAGCAAUAAUGUGACCUCUAAUGGAAACUCUACCAGUGGCCAGCAGUCCUAUCCACCCCACGCUGCCUCACCAAGCUCUAGAGCCAAUAGCAGCUCCCCACCAGGACAAACUCAGCAGCACUCUCACAAACACAGCCAUUCCCCUGGUGGACAGUCCUCGUCACACACCCACACUCCCAAUGGAGACGCUGCACAUGAGCGAGGCAGUCCCACCAGCAUGAGCAGCAGCAAAAAAGACGCUGACGUAAACAAGGCCAACUCAGACAGUCCUCACCACGCAAACUCCAGCCACGUCAGAGCCAGCACCAACUGCAGUAACGGCAGCUCUGACGGCGGUUCCAACCACGAGGGAGGUAAAGCAGAGCCCGCCCAGCCUAACCUCACCUCUGGACAUAUUACACCCAUUUCCCCUUACAAGACCAGCCAACCACUCUUCUCCCUGCCCUCCUCUAACAUGGGCUACCAUGGAUCUGUCGUGGGAGCCUAUGCGGGCUACCCGUCUCAGUUUGUUCCCGGGCUGGACCCGACAAAAUCUAGUAUGGGCAUCCCCGGAAAGCACCCAAGCUCCAGCCCUCUCACAGGGGCCUCUCCUCCCUCCCUCAUGCAGGGUCUAUGCAGGGACCCCUACUGUCUAAGCUACCCAAGUGUAUCCCAUCUGGGUGGAAGCAACUGCAAUUCCUGCAUCCAUGACCCAUCCUCCUCCCUCAAAUCCAGCUUCCCAUUGGUGUAUCCCUCCCACCCUCUCCACUCUCUCCACCAAAGCUCCCUGUCAUCCUCCGCAACCUCUUCCCUCUCCCAUCCCCUCUACACAUAUGGCUUCAUGCUCCCUAAUGAUCCCCUGCCUCACGCGUGUAACUGGGUUUCAGCCGGAGGGCCGUGUGACAAACGUUUCGCCACUUCAGACGAGCUGCUGGCUCACCUCCGCACGCACACAGCCCUGCCAGUUGGGAUGGACAGUAAGCUGCUCGCCGUUUCCUCCUCUGGCCCGGCCUCCUGCCACCUUCACCUCCCUCAGCAGAGUAGUCCAGGCUCCAUGCCCAGCUCACUCUCUCUCAGAGCUCCUCCCAGUCUGGGUUUAGCUCGCUAUCACCCCUACGGCAAAGUCCAUCUGCCCCCUGGUCCCCCGUCCAUUUCCCUGCACUCUCUUCCCACCACAGGCCCGUACUAUCCUCAUUACACCCUCUAUGGUCAAAGACUGGGAUCUGCAUCUGCACUGGGAUACCAGUGAUACAACAUGGACUCACGUUGAAUUGUUUGACCAUUUGGGAAGUGUGCUUGUUUGCAUUUUGGUGGAGAGUUAGCUGAGAACACUGCUGUUGUUAUCUGUAAAAAAAAUAUAAGGCUAUAAACAGCUGCUACUUAGCUUAGCUUAGCUUAGCAAUGAACAAUGAAUCUGCAAAUGACUCGAGUCAUUUUUCAACAAAUAUUUGGUUUCAGCCAAAUUUUCAGAACUCAAACAUAUUUUAUUAUGUGGCCAUAAAACGUAGAAAAUACACCAAAUGUUUUGCAUUUUUGUUUGGAAAACAACUGAAAUGAAUCAGUGAUGAUCUAAACAGUUGCAAAUUCCCUUUUUUACCACUCAAGUAAUCAAUUUAUGGACAAAUAGUCAUGGCCACCGGUCAUAAACCUUUUACCUCUAGACAUAGUGAUGUCAGCUAGUCUCUCAGUAGUUGUUGACUGUAGCCUCAUAUUUACUAAAGAGACAGUAUCAGUGUUCUCAUUUAAUUCUACACCAGAGAGUCAAUCUUAUUUCCUACAAUGUCAAAGUAUAACUUAAAGUUAGUACUUAAACGCCGCAGACUUCGGCUGCCUGUGACUUCGGUCUGGAUUUAAGUGGAACAAUAGGAUGAGAAGUCCUGGAUUUUGACUUGAGAACAUCUCCACAUUUUCUUUACAUACAUAUAUAUAUAUAAA